AUGAGUUUGUCGAAGGCCCUUGUGUUCUUAGCACUGGUUACUGUUGCCCAGGAAUCCACCCAAUCCAGGUGCCAUCUGGAGAAGCAGAGUAUAGAGUCCUUCUGGAAGGACGGGGACAUUGUCAUCGGUGUCAUCACAUUGAUACAUUCCACCAUUUAUCAGCCCUACGUGACCUAUCGAGAGAAACCAGAAGUUGCUUCUUGUGAAGAAUUUGUCAUCAGGUAUUAUCGCGAUGUUCUGGCUGUAAUAUUUGCCAUAGAGGAGAUCAAUCACAGUGGGAGCCUCCUGCCCAACCUGACUUUGGGUUUUGAUAUAUUCGAUUCCUGUGUGUCCGAGGCGAGGGCGAUUCAAGCCACCAUGAUGCUGCUAUGGGAGACGAGGGACUUGAUCUACGAUCCCAUCAGAGGUUGGAAGCUUCCGUUCAUAGCUGGUAUUGUUGGAGAUUCCAUGUCAACUCUGUCCAUCCCCAUUGCCAGGAUAAUGAGUCUCUGCAAUUACCCUCAGAUUAGUUUUGGUGCUUUUGAUCCAGAUCUGGGUGACAGGAUUCAGUUCCCCUCCUUCCUCCGCACGGUGCCCAAUGAGAACAUCCAGAACAAAGCCAUUUCUCAGUUGCUGAAACAUCUGGAGUGGACCUGGGUCGGAAUCCUGACCAGAGAUGACGACUUGGGGGCUCUAGAUGGACAAAAACUCAAAGAUGACAUUAAUUUCAACCAGGGCUGCGUGGCUUUCCUGGAGAAGAUCCAUUUUCGAUACUCCCCUGAUAGAGUCAAGAAAAUCCUGGAAGUUGUCAUGAAUUCUACCGCGGUCGCCAUCGUUUUGUACUGUGAGGAGAUGCACGUCAAGCCUCUGCUGGACAUGAUGUUGGAAAAUGGGAAAAGGGGCAAAAUUUGGAUCUACACGUUGAGUUUUACAUUUAUUCCCGGGAUGUUUUCAGAAGGUCACGCCAGAUUACUGAACGGCUCCAUCGGCCUGGUUCUGCAUAGCGAACCCAUGCCUCAGUUUGGCCAUUAUCUGCGCCAACUUCAUCCAUCCAGAUAUGCAGAUGACAUCUUUAUAAAGCUGUUUUGGGAAAUUGUCUUUGACUGCAAAUGGAGUGCUGUUGGAAACACUGGAAAUGAUAGUAUGAGAAUAUGUACGGGGGAGGAAAGUCUGCAUGAGGUGGAUUCACUUUUUGAACUUGGAGAUCUAAGCUACACCUUCCAGGCUUAUAUUGCGGUCUACGCCUUUGCUUACGCACUUCAUAACCUCUUAGAUUGCUUUCCUUCCGGGAGCUGCAAUGAGGAAAAUCUUCUGCCCUGGAAGGUUUUCCGGCACCUUAAAAAUGUCAGCUUCACGACUCAGUCAGGGGAUGACGUGUUCUUCAAUGAGAUCGGCGAGGUUCCAGGCAUGUUUGAUAUAAUGAAUCUGCAGAUUUUCCCUAAUGAUGAGUACAAACUGGUCAAAGUGGGGAGAUAUGAUUCCCGGGCGUCUCCAGAUAAACAGAUCACCCUAGACACCGGCUCUGUAGUCUGGAACCAGGAACAUAAACAGAUACCACGCUCGGUGUGCAGUGAGACGUGUAAUCCGGGACACAGAAAGGUUUCAAUCAAAGAUCGUCCAGUUUGCUGCUUCCAGUGUGUCCCGUGUUCACUAGGAGAGGUGGCCAACGAAACAGGUGCGACGGCUUGUGUGAAGUGUCCUGACGACCAAUGGCCCAAUGAGCAGCAAGACAGUUGUCUCAUGAAGAUGAUCCAGUUCUUAUCCUACGAGGAUACCAUGGGUGUCUCUUUGGCUGCGGCCUCCGUCACGUUCUCAAUGACGAGCCUCUCAGUGGUGUGCAUCUUCCGAAAGUACUCAGAGACUCCGGUGGUCAAAGCCAACAACAGGAACAUCAGUUAUGCCAUCCUUGCGGGCCUCACGGUCUGCUUUCUCUCCACCCUCCUUUUCAUUGGCUACCCCGUCCCCAUUCUCUGCUAUAUUCGGCAGGUUAUCUUUGGGAUUACCUUCUCGGUGGUCGUCUCCGGCAUGUUGGCCAAGACCAUAACCGUGAUUCUGGUCUUCCAGUCCACCAAGCCUGGCUCAAUGGGCAAACGUUUUGAUUCCAGGAUCUCCAAUGUCGUCAUAUACGUAUGUCCGUUUUUCCAAGUGGCCAUCUGCGCGUUUUGGCUUGGCACCUCUCCCCCCUACCCGGAAUUAAACAUGACUUCUAAAGAAGACACCAUCAUCGCGCAAUGCAACGAGGGCUCCAACCUCUUCUUUUACUGCAUGAUGGGCUAUAUGGGCUUUUUGGCCACCAUAAGUUUCAUAGUGGCGUUUUUGUCACGGAAGCUUCCAGACAGUUUUAACGAAGGACAAUACAUCACUUUUAGCAUGUUCGCAUUUCUCAGCGUGUGGAUCUGCUUCAUCCCGGCCUACCUGAGCUCAGAGGGGGAGAAUAUUGUGGUUGUGGAGAUCUUUGCGAUACUGGCCUCCAGUGCGGGGUUGUUGGCUUGUCUUUUUUUUCCUAAGUGCUACAUUAUCUUGUUCCGGCCCGAAAUGAACACCAAGCAGUAUGUACGGGGAAAGCUGUAA